ACACACACACACACACACACACACACAGUUUCUGCCUAUGCCAGAGCCUGUCUGCGCUCUCAGCUCAAGCCCUCUUAAAGCUGUUUUUCUGUUGGAGAUCAGCAAGAGCUAACGACACACAGCUGCCUCUGCUGAAGGCAGAAGGACAAGACGAGAACAGAGGGAGGGGAGAAGAGUACAGGAGGGAGGAGAGGACGAACACAAGAGGAAACAAAACCACCAGCAGCCUCUUAACUUCUGUAUCUGUGUCUGGUGCAGUCAUUCUUUAGCAGGGUGUGUUUUCUGCUGUAGUUCAGGACUUUUUUUGUCAGAGGGGGGUGGAAAAGAAGAGGGGUUGGAGUUCACAUGACAUAAUUGGAGUGAAUGGGUUGCCAUGGUGACUUACCCAGGGAGCCUGGCCCGUGCAGAGUAAAUGGAGGGAGCGCCGUGGACGCCAAGUGAACGAUAAACUAACGGAGGGGAGUCACCAGAGAGAGAGAGAGAGAGAGGGAGAGGAGAGCAAAGGAGUGGUGGAUAACAAGGAGCACAGAGGAGUGGAGCAGAGGUUGAGAAUGGAGGACGGGUUUUCCAGCUACAGCAGCUUGUAUGACACCUCAUCACUGCUACAGUUCUGCAACGAUGACAGUGCGUCAGCAGCCAGCAGUAUGGAGGUUACCGACCGCAUCGCCUCCUUGGAGCAGAGGGUCCAGAUGCAGGAAGACGAGAUUCACCUGCUUAAGUCCGCUCUGGCCGACGUUGUGCGCAGGCUCAACCUGUCCGAGGAGCAGCAGGCCAUAGGGUCACGCAGAGGACCCACCAAAGGCCCUGCUUUGAUGAGAAAGUCUCCCUCAGCAGACAGCAAUGUUGGGAAGCCAGCCAGGCCAAUGAUUGCCACCUUGCCGUUACGACCAACAGUCAACAACGGGACCAUCCUACCAAAGAAAGGCAGCCGCACUCUGCCCUCCCCCUCUGGAUCUGGAUCCAGAAAGGACUCCAGCACAACAGCCAGCAAGAGUCUGUCCUGUCUGCCUCUUUCUACUAGAAUCCUCUACCUGCCUCUUAGCACUGUGAGGAGAGCCAACUCAAACGAACAUGUGGGGACUCUUACGCGGAGAGAUUCAGGCGACUCCAAGGGCAACCGAACUCGCGCCGGAUCCACCGGCAGCAAUUCCAGUGGCAAACGAAGUGACAGCAAACAGAGGGAGCCAGUGUUCAAUGCAGGGAUGCGACGUGUGACCCACUGCAAAGAGGAAGGUUAUGUGAAAAUGUACUUGAAGGGUCGUCCCAUCACCAUGUACAUGCCCAAAGACCAGGUGGACAGCUACUGCCUGGAGGCCAGAGCCGACCUGCCCAGCAACAAACUCAAACUGGACUGGGUUUAUGGUUACCGCGGUCGAGACUGUCGCUCCAACCUUUACUUGUUGCCCACUGGAGAAACGGUGUACUUCAUUGCCUCAGUGGUCGUCCUGUUUAACGUGGACGAGCAGUUGCAGAGACACUACACCGGACACACGGAUGACAUCAAAUGCCUGGCCGUCCACCCCGAUAAAAUCACCAUAGCAACCGGUCAGGUGGCGGGUACCUCUUCGGAUGGAAAACAUCUGGCUCCUCAUGUCCGCGUGUGGGACUCUGUCAGCCUCAACACACUACAUGUUCUAGGUACAGGCUUCUUCGACCGAGCCUUGGUCUGCUUGGCCUUCUCCAAGUCGAAUGGAGGAAAUACAUUGUGUGUCGUAGACGACUCCAAUGACCACAUCCUCUCCGUCUGGGACUGGCAGAGAGAGGACAGACUGGCUGAGGUCAAGUGCUCCAACGAGUCAGUGUUUGCUGCAGACUUCCACCCGACAGACUGCAACAUCGUAGUGACCUGCGGCAAGUCCCAUCUCUAUUUCUGGAACCUGGAGAAAGGUGUACUGGUUAAGAAGCAAGGACUGUUUGAGAAACAAGAGAAGCCCAAGUUUGUGUUGUGUGUGACCUUUGCAGAAAAUGGAGACGCCAUCACAGGAGAUUCAAGUGGGAACAUCCUGGUGUGGGGGAAAGGCUCUAAUCGUAUUAGCCACGUCAUCCAAGGAGCUCAUGAGGGCAGCAUCUUUGCUCUGUGCAUGCUGAGGAACGGCACGCUGGUGUCUGGAGGGAAAGACCGCAUGCUCAUCUCCUGGGACGGCAGCUACCAGCAGAUACAAACGGUGGAGGUGCCUGAGUUGUUUGGUCCCAUCCGGACCGUAGCAGAGGGCAGAGGGGAGACUGUGCUCAUCGGUACCACCAAGCACUUUGUUUUGCAAGGCAGUUUGGAUGGAGAAUUCAUGCCUAUUACGCAGGGUCACACUGACGAGUUGUGGGGUCUGGCUGUCCACCCCUGGAAGCCUCAGUUCCUCACCUGUGGCUAUGACAGGCAGGUCUGCCUGUGGGACUCAAGUUCCCAUCAGCUCAUCUGGACCAAGAAUACGGAAGAUGCUGCCCAAUCAGCAGGCUUCCACCCGUCUGGAGCUGUGGUUGCCAUAGGAACCCAGACUGGCAGGUGGCUCGUGCUGGACACCGACUCUAAGGAUCUUGUCACAAUGCACACAGAUGGGAAUGAACAGCUGUCUGUCAUGUGUUACGGCCCAGAUGGUAACUUCUUGGCUAUUGGUUCCCACGACAACUACAUCUAUAUUUAUGCUGUGGCGGAAAAUGGGAGGAAGUACAGCCGAGUGGGGAAGUGCUCGGGUCAUUCAAGUUUCAUCACCCAUCUGGACUGGUCAGUGGACUCCCAGUACCUCGUAUCAAAUUCAGGGGACUAUGAGAUACUGUAUUGGAUCCCAUCAGUGUGUAAGCAGGUGGUCAGUGUGGAGACCACCAGAGAUAUCGAGUGGGCCACCCACACCUGCACUCUGGCCUUCCAGGUCUUUGGCUUGUGGCCCGAUGGCUCAGAUGGCACCGACAUCAAUGCUGUCUGCAGGUCCAGUGAUAAGAGCCUCCUGGUUACCGGAGACGACUUUGGGAAGGUCCACCUAUUCUCGUUCCCCUGUUCACAGUUCAGGGCUCCCAGCCAUGUUUACGGCGGCCACAGCAGUCACGUAACCAACGUGACCUUCCUGUAUGACGACGGCUACUUGGUGUCAACCGGAGGGAAGGACAUGAGCGUGAUGCAGUGGAGGAUAGUCUGAGGGAGCAGACAGAAACAGAUACUGUCGGUUUCUUACUUCUGCUGGGGCCGGAAGCCCAGCUGAGGCAAACUGAACUGAACUGCACUAAACUGAACCAAAUCAAACUUAAAUUAACUCAGACACUAAAAAAGGUGUCUCUGCCUGAAGGGAAGUGAACGAGGGUUCCUUCCUGAUCUGCUCUCAGAUCCCAAAUGAGAUGAACUGUUGGAGGUGUUAUGUGCGGUUGCUUGAAAUACACACAUCUUGAAAAUUUCACCAUUUCUUUAUUGACACUACAUGUAAAAAAAAAAAAAAAUCUAAUAUAUAAAUGUCUCUCCCAUGUACUGUAGCCAAGUCACCAAUGAAAUGAGACAAAACAAAUCAAAUCUGUUUAGAACCAAAGGCUCUGACUUUCUGACUGCAUCUGUAGUUUUGCUUUCACUGUUCUUGUAUUAUGCACACUCCUGCCACAGAUAAUGGACUUAUAAGGUGUCAGAUUCAGACUGCAUAUCAUCGUGCUGGAGAUCCAAGAGCAUUGGAACAACAGCUGUGUAUGGAAAGAAAGAACAUGGUGAUUUUCUAAUUUGUAAACUUUCUUUUAUUUUGUAUUUAACAACUCAGGAAAGCACUAGUGAAACACGACUCACUAAAACAUAGAGACGAAUCAACUAAGAUUCAACUUUUGUCCAACCAUAUUUGAUUCAUUUGCAUUUACUAAUUGUGUAUGAAAACUACCUAUACAAUCGAGACAAAUGCUGAAUUUGGAGGACAUGAAGAAUGAAUACAAGAUCUAGUCAGAUGUGAUGUUACCGACCAUUUGAAACUACAAAUUACAACAUUUAGAUUCAGAGUUAGGAUUUCAACCCUUUUCUACAACAUUAUCUGUUUACGUUUGUACGUUUGUAUGCUUCCAGGUCUUAAAAAAGCACCUUUCCUAUUAUUUAUUGAUCAAGAGUCAAAUCCUUCACUGACAAUUUCAGUUUCUUUGAGUUUUUUCCUGCAUUAAAUCUCCAUUUAGUCCCAUAUGUGUAAAGAUACUGAGAGGCUUGAAACUGAUGGGAACAAAAUGUGGUGGUGAAAGUGUUUCAGAUUUUUGGAAUGAGUUAGUGUCUUUGCCUUGAAGUGCAAGGAAAAUGAGAAGCAAGCAUGUAUUUUUUUUUCCCCCAUUGAAGUGAAGUCUUUUCAAAUCUGUAUCUAUCUGCAUUUACUGCACUGGGAUCAGUUAAGGAAGGGGAAGGAUGAGACCAUUACACUGUAACUGCUUACUGUCUGGUGUGCUCCUCAAUUGUGCACCAUCAGUCACUGGCAAGACAUUUAACUGAACUGAACCAUUUUUUAGGUGUUUUUCUGUAAUGCACUGCUUCAGUCUAAUAAACAUACAGCAGGUCUAUUUACCUGCACGAUAGAGGAAGCAAAUCUCCAUUUAGUACUGACCAGUGCUUUUUAUGAACCAAUGAUGUCUGCUUUCAAACUUCACACUCCUCAUUUUACGGUUAACAGCAAGCCGUAUUACACACAUGCAUGAAUAAACAAGAAUUGUUUGACAGGGAUUCAGCAGAUUUGAGUAUGACCAUAACUGACACUGAUAUAAGAGGCAUAUUGGUGUUUUUAAAGUCUGACGGUUGGCUGAUUGUUGGAGUUAUCUUUUCAGGAAAACCACUUAAAUCUAACAGCAGUGAUGUAAAGUCACCACUCUGCAGUGUGAAUGUAACAUGAUUUAUCUAACCACUAAACACUCGGCGCUGCAGAAUACCUUUUAACAUUUGUCUAGAAGUAAAUGCAAUAUGAAAUUCC